AUGCUCAACAAGGGAAAGGGUAUUCCUACAGAGCCUACCAAAAAAGAAAAGAAAAUAGCCAUUGAACAAGAAAUCGAGAAGCAACGUCAAAUUCAAAAUAUUCUUUAUCAGAGAGCUAAUGAUCCUCCUGGUCUAAACAAACGAGAUCCUUCAAAACAUCAUAUUUAUGAGUAUAUCGAAGCUUUAGUUGUUAUAGGGGAGAUGAUUGAUUUUGAGAAAGUUCCGAAGAGGAGUUAUAAUACAAAGAACACCAAAUUUAAUCAGUUGGAUUUUUCUAUCAAUCAUAUGAUGUUUAUGGAUGAGCAAUUUAAGAUUGCUAAUAAGUUCAAGGAUAAAUUUUUGUUCAAACUGAUGUAG